AUGGAAGUUGAUGGAGAAUAUACUGCUUUAAUGAAAGACAUGGAUUAUGCUCUUGAACAGGUCCGAGCAUCCAAAUUCUUGGCUGAUCUCAUCAAUCAGAUUCAAGAAAAACCUGAGAUUGUUUCAAGCUUCAAAGGAAGACCUAUGGUUGUGUAUGGACUUGGCAGCAUCCAAUUUAAUUACGCUGCAAAGUUCCAACUCUCUCUUGCUCUUCUCUUAAGGGAAGUGAUGGCGUUGGAGAUUCAAAAAGAUCAAAUCACUAUAUGUUGUGAUGAUAUUUCACUGACACCUGCUGAAGAAAAAGUCAUCAAAGCCUAUGGAUGUCAUAUUGUUCUUGUAACUGAUGGUCGUUUUAGAUGGGCUGUUGUUGAUGAACCUACUGUCUUCUUCCUUCCCUUCACAAGACCUGAAGUUUUGGGAGAUUUAUUGCAUAUGAAUUGGUGUCCUUCACGACUGGAAAAGAUGUUGAUCUUGGGAAGAAACUUGAAAUCCAUGUCUGAAACUUUAGAUCCAAUGGUAUCCUGCAGGGAAGGACAUUAUCCUAAGAUGACAAUAAAAAAAGUAUCAUAUAUAAUAGACAGACUGAGAUACAUUUGGGGGAUAAAGGAGCACACUAAAGUGUUCAAGAUCGCAAACAAACCACCAUCAUCAUCAUCAUCAUCACCAGAAAGUGAAUCCCAUGAUUACAACCCUGAAGAAAUUUUCCAAAACUUGUGCUGGCAAGUGUUCAACAUUAAACAGCUUAAGAGCAUUCAGGACAUGGAUAUUUUGUUACCAAGUAAGGCCUCAUUUUAG